AUGAGUUGUUUGAAGGUCUUGCGUGGGUUCUCUACUUCUGUUAGACAAUGGAGGGCAGCAACCAUUGAUACCCUUGAGUACGCUCUUUCUUUGCAGGAGCCUCAGCACCAUUGGACAAAGGAACAGUUAGCAACUAUCUACCAUACUCCUCUUUUAGAAUUGGUUCAUCAAGCUCAGAGACAACAUCGUAAGUGGCAGGAUGCUAACAAAGUACAAUUGUGUACAUUGAUGAACAUCAAGGAAGGUGGCUGUUCAGAAGAUUGCAAGUACUGUUCUCAAUCCACUAGACACGAUACCGGUGUCCAAGCUAGCAAGAUGGUAAAAUAUGAUGAUGUCAUUAAAGAAGCGCAGGAAGCCAAGAGGAAUGGAUCUACUAGAUUUUGCAUGGGGGCGGCAUGGAGAGAUAUGCAAGGUAGAAAAUCUGCUUUGGGUAGAAUUUCACAGAUGGUUAGUGCUGUCAAUGAGAUGGGGAUGGAGACCUGUGUUACUUUGGGUAUGCUUGAUGAAUUACAGGCAAGACAAUUGAAAAAGGCAGGGUUGACUGCUUACAAUCACAACGUGGAUACCUCUAGAGAACACUAUUCUAAAAUCAUCAGCACUAGAUCCUAUGAUGAUAGAUUAAAAACUAUCAAGAAUGUACAAGACUCAGGAAUUAAAGCAUGUUGCGGCGGUAUAUUGGGUCUUGGUGAAACUGAAGAAGAUCACAUUGGAUUUUUACAUACUUUGGCAAACAUGACACCACAUCCAGAAUCUUUACCUAUUAACAGAUUGGUCCCCAUUUCAGGAACUGCAAUCAUGGAGGAUUUAAACAAACCCGAUGCUAAGAAAUUAAAAUUUGAUGAAAUUCUAAGGACAAUUGCUACCGCAAGAAUUGUUAUGCCACAAUCAAUCAUUAGAUUAGCGGCAGGUCGCUAUACCAUGAAAGAUAAUGAGCAAUUUUUAUGCUUUUUAGCGGGCUGUAAUAGUAUUUUUACCGGUAAGAGGAUGUUGACCACAAUGUGUAACGGUUGGGAUGAAGAUAAGGCACUAUUGGAAAAAUGGGGUUUAGAACCAAUGGAAGCAUUUCAAUACGAUGCCCUUGAACAAAGACGUAAAGAUCAAAAAGAAAUCUAA